AUGACCCACCACGACACUGUUGCAUGCAAGAACCUGGCUUCCCAAAGAGUCUUCUGGCCUACGAUAAACCAGGACAUCGAGGAGCUGAUCAGCAGCUGUGAAGUUUGUCAACACCACCAAAGAGCAAAUCAAAGAGAACGACUUGUUGACCGAGACUUGCCAAUGUGUCCAUGGGAGAAAGUAGCCAUGGAUUUCUUCCACCAUGGUGGUACCACUUAUUUGCUUGAGGUAGAUUAUUACUCAAAAUUUGUGGAAGUCAAGAAAAUGUUGACUACAACGGCAUCUGCUCUUUUAGCAGUGCUCAAGGAGCUAUAUGCGUGCCACGGCAUACCAAGUGAAGUUGUCAGUGACCAAGGCCCUCCAUUUGAUUCUGUGGAGUACAGAAGCUUCAACAAAGAGUGGGAUAUUGUCCACAAUCCAUCGUCACCACUCUUUUUGAGGUCCAAUGGACAAGCAGAAAGGACAAUACAAACCAUCAAGGCCACAAUGACUAAGGCUCUUUACGGAGGAAAGGACUUGGCACUAGUGUUGAUGACCCACAGAGCAACGCCAAGUAACGGCCUUCCAUCUCCAGCAGAAAUGUUGAUGGGAAGGAUAAAGACUAAUACCAGCCUGUCCAAGUAG